UCCAAAGUCUGUGCGGACGGAUGAAAUGUAGGAAAUCUGUUUCUGGCAGGGUUUUAUUAAAAAAAAGGGAAAAAAGGAACAGGUUUCCCAAAGAGAGAGAGCUGCGAAGUAUGAAGAGUGGCAGGAAGGCGGCUCCUGCUCUUGCUCUUGCUCUUGCUCUUGCUGCUGCUGCUGCUGCUCUUGGCCAAAGAGAGAGGAAGAAAGCCCGACGGAGCGGAGAGGAGUGCGCUGGGGACUUUGCCCGCGGAGAGAGCGAGUGAGUGAGUAGCACCAGCGGUUAAAGGAUGUGCACUACCUUGAGCCCGAAGGCCCGAGGCCCUGGCCUCUCCGAUAUGCACCAGUAUAGCCAGUGGCUGGCCAGCAGACAUGAGGCUAAUUUGUUACCAAUGAAGGAGGAUUUGGCUCUAUGGCUGACAAACCUGCUUGGAAAAGAAAUAACAGCUGAAACCUUCAUGGAGAAAUUGGAUAAUGGUGCUUUGCUCUGUCGGCUAGCAGAGACUUUACAGGAGAAAUUUAAAGAAAACUGCAUCGAGGUGAACAAAUUUGGAAAGAUGAUGCCAGUGAGAAAAAUCCCCUGUAAAGCCAAUGCACCAUCUGGAUCUUUUUUUGCACGGGACAAUACUGCUAAUUUCUUAUCCUGGUGCAGAGAUGUGGGAGUGGAUGAUACUUGUCUGUUUGAGUCGGAAGGUUUGGUCCUUCACAAGCAACCCAGAGAAGUGUGCCUUUGUUUGCUUGAACUUGGAAGGAUUGCUGCCAGGUUUGGUGUGGAACCUCCUGGGUUAAUCAAACUGGAGAAAGAGAUUGAACAAGAAGAAACACUUUCAACCCCUCUUCCAUCUCCUUCACCCACUCCAUCAAAGUCACCUGGUAAAAAGAGUACAGGAAAGCUCUUGGACGAUGCGGUGAAGCAUAUUUCUGAGGAUCCUCCUUGUAAAUGUCCUAGCAAAUUUUGCGUAGAGCGCCUUUCACAAGGAAGAUACAGAGUUGGAGAGAAGAUCCUUUUUAUCAGGAUGCUGCACAACAAGCACGUGAUGGUCCGUGUAGGAGGAGGAUGGGAGACAUUUGCAGGGUACUUGCUGAAACAUGACCCAUGCCGAAUGCUGCAGAUCUCGCGGGUGGAUGGGAAAACAUCACCAAUCCAGAACAAGUCUCCGACCAUCAAGGACAUGAAUCCAGACAGUUACUUAGUUGUUUCUGCCCAUUACAAAUCCAAAAGGGAGAUUAAAUGAAAAGUUUCUCUUCUCAUUUCAUUGGGGACUGUGUAUGUAUAGGCCCACACUAUCUUCUCAAGUGUAGUGAAAUUAGUUUCAAAGGACUUGUGAAAAUUACAUGCAGACUGGAAAUGACAGCCCAUUUUUGUGGACUGUUGAACUGUAGAGCUAUUUAUUUCUAGUACUGUAUCAUUUUUUAUAGCAAGUUACUCUUGAUAGGUUAAGUACUACAAUCAGAUAAAAAUCGACAUAUAUUUUUAGCCAAAUUAUUACUCUAUGAAUGUAUUCUUAGAAUGACUUAAACAAUAUGACUCACAUUCAAGUAAUAAAAUGUGAUAUAUUUGUAUGAAAAAUAUAUAUGAUUUCCAACAAUUUGCCCCAGUCCAGAGUUCUAUGUAGCUCAGUGGCAGAGUAUACCCUUUGUAUGCAUAAACUCUCAGAUGUGCUUCCAAUUUCUGAAUGUAGAAGGUAGUGGAUCAGAGCUUGGAAGACUGAUUUUUUUUUUUUUAUUACAGCUCCUCUAGGUAUUUUUCUUUAGUUGUCUAGAAAGUAAUUUUUACAAGCUGUGAGUAAGGAAGCUUUCUUCCUAAGUGCCUGAGAUGGAGUAAAUGGUUAGAUUAACCAAUACUUGGCUUCUCUCAUCUGAUAUAUAACUCUUUCAUUGUUUCAACAUCCAGGGAGUUCCCAUCCUUGAUUUUCUCAUGUAUUAUUUUUUGGUCUCCUCAUUGAGUCUCUUCAUUGAAAUGAAUGGAUCUUCUUUUAUAGUUGGAAGAUUUCUUUUCCUGCUUGCAACAAUCACUCAAAAAUUGCUUGACCAGGUGACAGUUUCUUUACUAUAUGAGAUGACAAGCAAGCAUACUGGACGCCAUCUGAAGGAAGAUACCUGCAUUAAUGUCAAAAUUCCUUCUUUUAUAGGUAGUGCUAAUCAGUAUAAGGAAAAAAAACAUGCAUUAGUUGUGGCAUAUAGAACAAACUAACAAAAACCUCUAAUACAGAAUUAAAAAGUUGGCAGUGCUAGUGAAAACAACAUUAAGAAAAAAAAUCUGUUUCAGUUUUAGGUGGACAAGCAGUAAUAGGAACAAGUGUUAAGGUCAUUUUCACCCUUAUAUUUCAUAAUCCUUUGGUAGCCAAUCCAUAUGCCCAAUCCCAGAGGGAUUGUAAAAGUAACAAAGUAUUCCUAUGUUCCAUAUGUUAAAGGAAAAUGUGGAGUACUGUACAGUAAUGCCUUUUAUUUGGAAGUUGUAUCUGUAUUUUGAAAUUGGCACAAAAGGUGACAUGAGCUUUCAAAGCUGAUCUCUUGCUUUCUGCAUGUGUGUCUCUUCCUUGCCACAGUUCAUGAGCUGUUGAGGCACUUUUACACUCUAAAUCAUCUUUCUCAAAUUGUGUUCUGUUUUGUAUGGGGACAAAAAAUCCAGAUGCCUGUAUCAUAUCUGAUUCCACCCCCACCCCUCAGAGCAAAUAAUAGUUAUAAAAGAGAAUAAACUAUGGCUCGGUCCAGACGGACGUGAAAGGACACCCUUGUCAUAUGUGAGGGGCAAUGCUUCUAGACGCCUUGCCCCUCACACAUGACGAGGGCAUCAAAAUGGCGGUGUCCUGUACAGAUGGGUGCCACCAUCGUUACA